AUGUAUGGUAAGUGGCGUCGUUUUAAUUCUAAAUGGCUUGAUGAGUAUGAUUGGUUGGAAUAUAGUGUAACAAAAGAUGCAGCUUUUUGCUUCUACUGCUAUUUGUUUCAAGAUGAAAACAUCAAUCAAGGGGGAGGAGAGGUAUUUUCAAGUAUAGGUUUUACAAGUUGGAACAAGAAGAAAAGUUUUAAUGAGCAUAUUGGCGGACCAAACAGUGUUCAUAAUCAGUCAAGAAGAAAUGCUGGAGAUUUGAUGAGACAAAAACAAUCCAUUCAAAGUGUACUUGCUAAACAGUCUGAUCAACAAAAAUGGUAUACUAAACGAUGUGAUAAUAUUGCUGAAGCAUUUAAAAAAGCUCCAAAGAAUAAUCAGUUGACUUCUCCAUACAUUCAAAGGGAUAUUAUCACUGCAUGUAAGAUGGAAACAGUUAAGUAUAUCAUUAAGGAUUUAAAUGAUGAUUACUUUUCCAUAUUAGUUGAUGAAUCUCGUGAUGUGUCAUGUAAGGAGCAAAUGGCUAUUGUUUUGAGAAGAUGUGAUGAAGUGCAGGAACUUUUAUCGUUGGUUUCUGAUUCAUUAAAUAUGGUUGGAGCUUCUUUCAAGCAUAGAGAUGAACUUCGUGAAUCUCAAGCAAAAGAAAUUGAAGAAGCAUUAUGUAAAGGCGAGCUUAAAACUGGUAGGGGCUUGAAUCAAGAACUAGGUCUUGCUAGAGCCGGUGAUACUAGAUGGGGAUCUCACUACAAAUCUUUUAAAAAAUUUAUUCUUAUGUUUGGUCCUAUCAUUGAUGUACUUGAUGCUAUUGCUGUUAAUGCCCGUUUUGCAGAAAAGUGUAGGGCAAAGGAAUAUCUUAAAGCAUGUUUAACAUUUGAGGUUGUCUUCAUGUUGCACUUCAAGCGCACUAUUUUAGCAAUCACAAAUGAGCUUAAUGCAGCUUUUCAAAAGAAAGAGAAAGACAUUGUAAAUGCCAUGCUACUUGUUGGAGUGACAAAGAAGCGACUGCAAAAACUAAGAGAAGAAGGUUGGGAUUCACUUAUUGAUGAGGUAUCUAAAUUUUGUAUCAAGUAUGAUAUUUCGAUACCUAAAUUUGAUGAGUUUUAUGUUAUCCUUGGAAGAUCACGUCGGAGAGUUGCUGAGUAUACUAUUUUACAUCACUGCCAAGUUGCAAUAUUUUAUAAAAUUAUUGAUUGGCAACAUCAAGAACUCAAUAAUCGCUUUGAUGAGGAGACAACUGAUUUGCUUCUUGGAAUUGCUUGCUUGAACCCAACUGACUCUUUUUCAAGCUUUAACAUUGAAAAAAUAUUGAGAUUAGCUGAGUUGUAUCCUGGUGAUUUUGAUAAACAUGCUAGGAUUGACCUUCGUUUUCAGCUUGAGAAUUAUAUUGUUGAUGUACGUGAUCAUGAUAAAAGGUUUUCCGAUCUUAAGGGACUUUGUGAUUUUUCCAAGAAACUAGUAGAGACAAAGAAGCAUGGAACUUAUCCUCUCGUGUUCCGACUAGUGAAAUUUGCUUUACUUUUGCCAGUUGCUACUGCUACAGUUGAAAGAGCUUUCUCUGCGAUGAAGUUGAUUAAGACUGACUUACGAAAUCGAAUGGAUGAUGAGCUUUUGAGUGGUUGUUUGGAUUCUAAUACUGAGACAACUUCACCAUAUGAUAGCUGGAGAAGUAUAGCAACUUCGAGUGUGGCAUCAAGUGGAAGAAAGAAAUUGGAGAGCACUAAAAGUGCACAUUUUAUUAGGUUACCAGAGAACUUGGAUCCUCUGAGUGUUUUAAUGGAGUGA